AUGAAUGGUGGAUCUCUUGUGUCCGGUCAGUCAACUGCUGCACAAAAUGCUAUUGCCGAUGAGUUAAAGUCUAAGCUGUCCCCGUCCACUACUGUACCAAUAACUUACAUGGGUGGGGAUGCAACGUACAGUGUCAGUGUUGAGCCGGAUCCAAAGCAAAGGUGCAUUCCACACACUAGAGGUGCAGUUUCAGCUUUUUGUAUCUACCGAUGGAACCAGGGUCUUUUUGCAAGUGGAAAUUUUGUGGGGAAAGGUGUAUCCUUUUACCGU